CUCUGCCAAUCCCUCCACUGGCCUCCACUCAGUGUCCUCCACCCCCCCUCUGCCAAUCCCUCCACUGGCCUCCACUCAGUGUCCUCCACCCCCCUCUGCCAAUCCCUCCACUGGCCUCCACUCAGUGUCCUCCACCCCUCUGUGCCAAUCCCUCCACUGGCCUCCACUCAGUGUCCUCCACUCCUUCCUUCCAAUCCCUCCACUGGCCUCCAUUCAGUGUCCUCCACCCCUCUCUGCCAAUCCCUCCACUGGCCUCCACUCAGUGUCCUCCACCCCCCUCUGCCAAUCCCUCCACUGGCCUCCACUCAGUGUCCUCCACCCCCCUCUGCCAAUCCCUCCACUGGCCUCCAUUCAGUGUCCUCCACCCCUCUCUGCCAAUCCCUCCACUGGCCUCCACUCAGUGUCCUCCACCCCCCUCUGCCAAUCCCUCCACUGGCCUCCAUUCAUGUCCUCCACCCCUCUCUGCCAAUCCCUCCACUGGCCUCCACUCAGUGUCCUCCACCCCUCUCUGCCAAUCCCUCCACUGGUCUCCAUUCAGUGUCCUCCACCCCCCUCUGCCAAUACCUCCACUGGUCUCCAUUCAGUGUCCUCCACCCCCCUCUGCCAAUCCCUCCACUGGCCUCCAUUCAGUGUCCUCCACCCCCCUCUGCCAAUCUGUCCACUGGCCUCCACUCAGUGUCCUCCACCCCUCUCUGCCAAUCCCUCCACUGGCCUCCACUCAGUGUCCUCCACCCCUCUCUGCCAAUCCUCCACUGGUCUCCAUUCAGUGUCCUCCACCCCCCUCUGCCAAUACCUCCACUGGUCUCCAUUCAGUGUCCUCCACCCCCCUCUGCCAAUACCUCCACUGGCUUCCCAUUGCCAAACGAA